GUAACACUGAACGCGCCCGCGCAAUGGGUGCCGGGUCCACCUUUUCCCAGUCGGGACGUAAUCAUGCUUUUUGUUCGGCAAUUGGCGGCUGAGGAGCCGAGGCUCUUUCGCCUUUUUCUACUGUAACUUCUCCGCAUAUGGAGACUAAAUGCUACUGCUGCUACUACGGGGCCAGUUACUGUCUCAGCUCUAGAAUGUGCGUUCUUCCACUAGAAGCUCUUCUGAGGGAGGCAAUUAAAAAACAGUGGAAUGGAACGACGGUGCUGUAGUCAUCCUAUGUUAUGCUCCUUGCCAACAAUGUAUACAUUCCUGCUAGGUGCCGUAUUCAUUGCUUUAAGCUCGAGUCGCAUCUUACUGGUGAAAUAUUCUGCCAAUGAAGAAAACAAGUAUGAUUAUCUUCCAACCACUGUGAAUGUGUGCUCGGAACUGGUGAAGCUGGUUUUCUGUGUGCUUGUGUCAUUCUGUGUUAUAAAGAAAGAUCAUCAAAGUAGAAAUUUGAAAUAUGCUUCCUGGAAGGAAUUAUCUAAUUUCAUGAAGUGGUCCAUUCCUGCCUUUCUUUAUUUCCUGGAUAACUUGAUUGUCUUCUAUGUCCUGUCCUAUCUUCAACCAGCCAUGGCUGUUAUCUUCUCAAAUUUUAGCAUUAUAACAACAGCUCUUCUAUUCAGGAUAGUGCUGAGGAGGCAUCUAAACUGGAUCCAGUGGGCUUCCCUCCUGAUUCUAUUUUUGUCUAUCGUGUCCUUGACUGCCGGGACGAAAACUUUACAGCACAACUUGGCAGGACAUGGAUUUCAUCACGAUGCCUUCUUCAGCCCAUCCAAUUCCUGCCUUCUUUUCAGGAGUGAGUGUCCCAGAAAAGACAAUUGUACAACAAAGGAGUGGACUUUUACUGAAGCUAAAUGGAACACCACAGCCAGGGUUUUCAGUCACAUCCGUCUUGGCUUGGGCCAUGUUCUUAUUGUAGUCCAGUGUUUUAUUUCUUCAAUGGCUAAUAUCUAUAAUGAAAAGAUAUUGAAGGAAGGGAACCAGCUCACUGAAAGCAUCUUCAUACAGAACAGCAAACUCUAUUUCUUUGGCAUUCUGUUUAAUGGGCUGACUCUGGGCCUUCAAAGGAGUAACCGUGAUCAGAUUAAGAACUGCGGAUUUUUUUAUGGCCACAAUGCAUUUUCAGUAGCCCUUAUUUUUGUAACUGCAUUCCAGGGCCUUUCGGUGGCUUUCAUUCUGAAGUUCCUGGAUAACAUGUUCCAUGUCUUGAUGGCCCAGGUUACCACUGUCAUCAUCACAACAGUGUCUGUCCUGGUCUUUGACUUCAGGCCCUCCCUGGAAUUUUUCUUGGAAGCUCCAUCAGUCCUUCUCUCUAUAUUUAUUUAUAAUGCCAGCAAGCUUCAAGGUCCAGAAUAUGCACCUAGGCAAGAAAGGAUCCGAGAUCUAAGUGGCAAUCUUUGGGAACGUUCCAGUGGGGAUGGAGAAGAACUAGAAAGACUUACCAAACCCAAGAGUGAUGAGUCAGAUGAAGAUACUUUCUAAUUGGUACCCACAUAGUUGGCAGCUCUCUCAAAUCUUAUUUUCACAUUUUCAGUGUUUGUAAUACUUAUCUUUUUACCUGGAUAAGCCAGAAAUGUUUCUAAAUCAUAAUAUUCUUUGCAUAUAUCUAGCUGCUCCCUAAAUGGUUCCAUCCAAGGCUUAGAGUAAAAGGCUAAGAAAUUCUAAGGAACUGAUAUAGGAGUAACAAUAUGAAGAACUGGUUAAUAUCUAAGUACUUGAUAAAUCAACAAGAUAUAUUUGCAGAUUAUUUUCCUUGGCCUCCGAGCUUCCAAAAAACUUACAAUAAUCACAUUAGCUAUACCCUAUAAGUAUACAUAGAGAGAUCAGUUUACCAGAUACAGUUAUGUAGUUCUAGUCUACAUGCCAAAGUCUUCCUUUUUUUAACAUUAUAAAUAUCUAGGUUGUCCUUUGGAUUUUGAGGUCCUAGAGAUAGUCAUUUUGCAAGUAAAGAGCAAUGGGACUCUUUUUAAAAAUGUUGGUUGAAUGACUUAAAUACCUGGCCAUACCAUAGAUUUGGGAUAAUGUAGUCUGUGCUAAAUGUUUUACUGAGGAAGCAGUUUCUCAGACACAAAAUCUCAGAACUUUAAUUUUUAGAAAUUCAUGGGAAAUUUGAUUUUUGUAAUAAUUUUUUGAUGUUUUAAACAUUGGUUCCCUAGUCACCACAGUUACCACUUGUAUUUUAAAUCACUUAAACAAGCCAUGAUGUGGCUUUUUCCUCCACAGUUUGAGUAUGACAAAAUCUUGACGUCAUUGCUCCUGAAUUAUUACAUUUUGGAGAAUAAGAGGGCAUUUUAUUUUAUUAAUUAUUAAUUCAAGCUGUGAGUAUUGUAUAUCUUUCCCAGAGUUGAGACACUGGCUUCAGAAUCACACGAGAUUGUCAGUAAAGCAGAUGCCUAGGAGCUUUAAAAGGGAUCUUUUCAAAAGGAUCACUUUCCAAACAUGUUGACUUUUGCUGACAUAUGAAUAUUUCUACUCUAAAAAUAGACCAGUAAUAAAUAAGUCAUUUUACAGUACUACUUCACACUUAUAAGUGCAUGGUAUUUUUCAUGGUGUUUUGCAUGCAGCCAAUUAACUCUCGUAGAUAGAGAAGUCAGGUGAUAGAUGAUUUUAAAAAUGAGAAAACGUAAGUGACUUUCCCAGGGUCUUGCAGCUGGGUGAUGAUAAAAGAGCGGGCAUUAACUGGCAGGCCUGUAUAUUUACAGACUACCAUACUGUACAUGAGCUUUGUGGUGUCAUUCUCAGACAACUUGUACAUUUCUUCUCUUCUUUCUCCUAAUUUUCAUGCAGGUGAAUAUAAGGUAAUACUGUCAUGUAAUUCAUUUGUGAUAUCCACAAUAAUAACGACUGGCAAGAAUUGGUGGAAAUUUGUAAUUAAAAUAAUUAUUAAACCUA